ACUAUCCUGCGGCAAGGAUGUCCCCAGGCCCGUGUGCCGUCACAUGGGGCUCAAGGGUGCGCAGGACGGGGCAGGAGCCGCUGCAAACCACUGGGGCCUGGUCUGUGGUCUCUUGGCCCGACAUCAGGGCGACGCGUGAGCUGCAACAGCACCCGUUCGUGGGCUCUCCCUGCGAUGUGCUUCCACACGCGCCCCUGUACCUGGGAGCCAGGCGGGGAGAGCACGUCGUGCACAUUCUACAUGAGGUCAACGGAAGCCACAGAGGUGGCACGAUGUGUGCCCGACAGCCUUCCCCCGGCACUCUCCGACAUCCUCCCAGAGAAGCCGUCUGCCCGGUUCCGUGGGAGCCGCUGACCAGAAAGGGAAAGCCUCCGUGCAGAGAGCUCGGGCUGCUUGAGGGCACAACCGCACUCGCCUCAGGUGGGGACAGACUGUCUCCGUUGCUAGCGCUGCUGUGGGCACAGAACGGCCUGGCUCUGCCAACGAGGUGUGGACACCAGUGGAGCCAGAGGCUGAGGGCUCCGGGGGAGCACGGCAGGACCCGGGGAUGGUUCCCUGCAGAGCAAGUCCGCAAGUGUCCAGUAUGUGCGGUUACACUAUGCGAGACAUUUCUCGGGUGGGGACGUGCGGGUGUGGUUUUGUGGUACUUGGAGCAAGGGGUUCAGUGUCCAGCCCCGGGCAUCAGGCUGUUGGGAAUGCCUCACUUCUGUCCUAUGUGGGGGGCGGACGUAGAAGGCUCCAGACUGACUGGAGUUGGCCUCACGGGGCCAAAGAGGUCUGGAAGUGCCACCUCCACGUCACCAGGGGCCAGACGCCAGCAGCUAGGCCAUCCCUUCUUCCAGAAGGUCCCCUCGCACGGGCAGCACCCUGUGGGGAGACGCCUGUUUUGUGGGCGGGCAUUCUGCUCCCAGUGUCCCCCAGCACCGCAGCAGGCUUAGCAGCCACGCUGCCCUCCUGGCUGCCUCUCCCAGAGAGCGAGCAUGCAAGUGGGACAAUCUCAGCAGACCCUGCGCUCGGCGUGGGGCCCGACAUGGGUUCAAUCUCAUGACACCGAGACCACGGCCCGAGCUGCGAUCCCAGAGUCAGACGCUCAGCCGACUGAGCCACCCGGGUGACCCUCGUCAUUACUGCUGGGAAUAGUUCCUCUCUUCCUGCUCUCUCCUCCUUCUGGCGGACUGAGGGACGCCGGCAGGAGGCCGAGGCUCGCUCUCUCUCGGCGUCUCAUUUAGGACAGAUUCUCUUGCGAUGACUUGGAACUUUCUGUUCUUCCUUCUACCAUCUUUGUUCUUGGGUUAAUCCCAUCUAGUGAGCUUUCCUUAUCAAAUAUUAUAGUUCCCACCUACAGAAGUUUUGUUUAGAACUUUUCAUAUUCUCGGUUCUUCUCAUCAUGUGUAUGUUUUCCUUUAAAUAUUUGAAUGCAGUCAUUCCAGUUCUUUUUAAUAUCUUUGUCUGCUCGGUUAUUUCUGGGCCUCUUCCUACCGAUGGAUUUUCCUCUCGCAUGUGGAUCACAUUUCCCGCUUCUUCACAUGUCUUGUACGUUUUGAUUGGGUGUUAGGCAUUGUAACAUUUCCUUGAAAAAUUUUUUUAGAGUGUUGGUUUUAUUUUGGUGGGCAGUUAGGUUCCUUGACUGGUCAUUUCAAAGAUUUUUAACUUUUCUAGUCUAAGUCUACGUGGGUCUUCACUCCAGAGGUACCUAGGCCUACUGCUGACGUGUGACUUCUCUCAGUCUCCACUAAAGGGAGGUGACGACGGACACUCAUUCCUCGGACUGAGUAUCUCCCUACUCUGACAGCUCUGGAAAUGGUUCGGCUUACAAGUUGUCUGUCUUUCCUUCCCCUUUUCGUAUAGAUAGCUACGCUACACGUCUAUGGGCUAGUACACAGGGAGAACUCAAAAACAUGCCUCUACAGGUUUCUGGAGCUCUCUUCUGUGUAGUACCCUCCUUUCUAGACUGUCCUGCGACUGCCACCCCCUCUGCCUUCCCAAACUCCAAUUCCCAUUUUUGCAACUCAGUAAGGCUGCUGAGCUCUGUUUGGCCUCCCUCUCUGUGCCUUCAGCCCAGAAAGUGCCUUCAGGCAGAAAGUCAGGGGGAUUCUGGAACUCACCUCAUUUGUUUUCCUUUUUUCAAGGACCAUGAUCCUCUGCUGACUAUUGCCUGAUGCCUGAAAACAGCUGUUUCAUAUAUUUUGUCCAACUUCCUAGCUGUUUACGGAGAGACAUUAAAGCAUAGUCCAUAGAAUAGCCAGAAGAGGAAGAGGGCAUUAGCCAUGCUGUGGCCCCAGAACACACGCCGUGGAAGAGUAAGCCGAUUUGGCUAUUUCUUAAAGUAUUUACUUUGGUAUAGAAGUUCUUUCUACAUAAACUUUCCCCCAAGUGGCACAACUGUUUCAUCAAAACGCUUUCAAGAGGAGAGCUAACAAAGAUCUACUUGACCGUCGCUUCUCGAAAAGUUUACAGGACACUCUGCACUUCUUAAAAUGUCUCAGGUCGUAAUCAUUAGCCCAGGCAGGAAGCCGGCGCUGCUCGCCCAGCUCAGGACCCGGCGCUGCUCCCUCCUCUGAACAGAGCACGGGUAGUGCACAGCAACCCGUACCAGUUUGGCUGGUAUGCCAGGUCCUCCCGUCCAGUCCUGCCUGAGAGUGGGAACAGGCGAGCCAAGAGGGUGAAGAGCAGGGGGGGGGGACCCCUUGCCCCCUGGGGCCCCACAACCUCACAGUCACAGUGCCAAAUAAGCUUCCUGGCUCUCAGGGCCAGCCCUUGUCCCCAUGUGGCUCAUGAGGUCUCUCUGUGGCGUGGCCAGCGAGAACGCGUGCUGAGCCCGCCAGCGGGAGGCCCUCCACCCAUCAGCGGCUCAUGCUCCCAGAGCCCAGCCAAUGAGCCCUGACUGGAAACUGCCUCACAACACGUUUCUGGUGCGGAGGCCCCCCCUGGCUCUAGCUGGCCCCCUUUCCUGUGGCUUGUGCUGCUGGUCUCCGAGUCGGGUCUCACCAGGUUCUCCUAGGUCUGUCUGUCUCGCAGAUGCUCACAUUCCAGUAAGGCUCUCAGACCCAAGGGGAGGUCCCUGGUGAGUGCCCAGGCAUGAGGGCUACACGGGAAGAAGAGAAUGUAUUGUUCCAGGUGCAUUUACAAUAGAAUCACAAGACAUUCUUUCAGGUCAUCUAACCUGUGUCAUUCUAACCUGUCUUAUCACAAAUCCAUAUCACAAGUGGCCGUCACUCAGAGCCAGUGCUGGGCCAUCAGCCUGCGGUCCUGUGUGCAAACCCUGGGUUUCAUGAGAAAAACAAUAGCAUCUCUGCGGAAGCCAGAUGGUAAUACCCUUGGCGAUACCCCGUGGACGGGGUAACUCUAAGGUCCCAUGUUCACUGUAUGUUUUUAUGACCUCAGACCAGGGCUAGGCUCGCAGAGCCACAGCUGAAGCAAGGUGCCUUCAGAGGAAGGUCCAGACCCUGCUCCUGAGCCGACGCAGCCUUCAGGGAGGGCACAGGACAGUCUCCACUCAAGAACACAGACACCAAGAAGGGGACAGAUAAGACGGAGUCCUGGGGGCCCACUCAGCCCUAGUCAGAGGCAGGUGACACGCUGCAGGAUGGACAUGAGGACAAGCCCAGGAGGGCCUGGUGUGUUUGCCCUGCGAUAACAAGCGGAAACAUUCCGGACUCUCCAGUAGAGAAGCCCAGUCUUCCCGGCAGUCACCAGAUUCCCCGGCUGGGAAGGAAACUUGCCAGAGGCCGGGCCUCUCUCUGGAGCCCGCCAGCUGAGCGGAGUCACGGCAGCGUGUUGUCUGUCCUCUCCUGUGCGCGUGCAGUCCUGGCACAGCCCCCAGCCGGGGGGCCACACGGCACGAGGCAGGGCCGGCCAAACCAGCGGUAAUUCGGCGCACACAUUGUUCUGAUUUUUUUAACUAGUUGCCAAUACUCAAAAAUGAAAACGUGCUACAUAAAAACAAGAUUACUAGCUUCUCUGGAAAAAUGGGACGAUCUGGCACAUUGCACCAUCUGCCACUGAGGGUCAACUGCGGGACAGUGUCACGGGCUUGCUAGAGCCAGCCCACCAGCCCGCCGCCGCCGCCACCCAGAGGACCGGCCGGUGGUUAGCGCGGCCCCCUGAGGCCUGCACGCAGCCAUCUGUGCCUGGCGUCCACGGGUACCGUGGUGCGGACUCUCCUCAGCCGGUGGGCUCAGGGUCCGCAAGGCAUCGGCUUGGACUCUGGUACUGAUCCCCUGACUGGGAGCUGGGAGACCUUAGGGGAAUAACUUAGUGUCUGUGGGCCCAGGUCUGCUCACCCGAAGGCAGAGAGCCCUGGCCUUUGAGCUCCGGGAGCUGCUGAGAAAGGGACCCGGUGCCGAGAGGCCUCCACGCGGGCUCGGGCUGUGAACACAAGGUGGCUGGGUCUGUUUUUCCGUGGAUUGCUGGUUAAGAACAGCCUGGCAAUGUGCUUAUCUGAUUCAGAUGUCAUCUCUGUAGAGAGAUCUGUUUGGAAACAUUCUUACCACACAGGAUUUAAAAAUAAUUUUGGAUUAGAAGCCAGUUAGUAGCACCAUGCAUAGCCUUUUCUUAACCUUUUAUGCAAUCCUUUUUAAAGAGCAAAAUGCUUAAUUUCAGGAAACACUAAUGUAAUUUUCAAAAGAGCAACAAUCGACAGAAAAGAAAGUGACACCCACACUGUAUCCUUCGAAGUUGUAACCCUUCUACCCCUGCUCAUUUUGGUCCUCCAGGGGAUCCCCUUGGGGGCAGCAAGGGAGGAGGGUGAGGGUCUCCAG